UUACCGGUUGUUACGAUUGAAAUUGAGAGAAUCUGUGGACAUUUUUCCUCCCUGGGAUUAGGUUGAGUGAGUUGGCUGUAAAGAUUUGCCUUACAUAAUAGCUAGUAGCCUAAUUCAGUUAGAAAUAUAAGAGCAAACUGUCUCAAAUAUAUCCUGAAAACGAAAUAAAUCAUUUAAAAUAGUCUCGCAUAGUGGAAUAUUUUAUUUUCUCAUUGGAAAGGUGUCAAAUGUCAAUCGUUACGGAAAAUUGCGCAAACUAACAGCUACACUCAUUAUGUCAGUAGUAGGUAUUGAUGUGGGUUUCCAAAAUUGUUACAUUGCUGUUGCGAGAAGCGGCGGGAUUGAAACCAUUGCCAAUGAAUACAGCGACAGAUGUACACCGGCUUGGGUGUCUCUGGCCUCCAAAAACCGAACCAUUGGAAAUGCAGCCAAGGGUCAAAUUAUAACCAAUUUUAAAAACACAGUCCAUGGCUUCAAGAAGUUCCAUGGCAGAGCGUUUGACGACCCAUAUGUCCAGGGGGAGAAACCCAAGUUGCCUUACAGCUUGCACAAGCUGGCCAGUGGCAACACUGGAAUCAAGGUCCGUUACCUGGAUGAGGACAAAGUGUUCACAAUUGAGCAGGUAACAGCAAUGUUGCUGACCAAGCUGAAAGAAACUUCUGAGAGCUCCCUGAAGAAGCCAGUUGUGGACUGUGUGAUCUCUGUCCCAAGUUUUUUCACCGAUGCAGAGAGGAGGUCUGUGAUGGACUCCACCCAAAUUGCAGGGUUGAACUGUCUGCGUCUGAUCAAUGACACCACGGCAGUGGCCCUGGCCUAUGGGAUCUACAAGCAGGACCUGCCCACCCCAGAUGAGAAGCCACGGAAUGUGGUGUUCGUGGACUUGGGACAUUCAUCAUUCCAGGUCUCCAUAUCAGCCUUCAACAAAGGCAAACUUAAGGUACUGGCCACAGCCUUUGAUCCCUACCUGGGCGGGCGUAACUUUGAUGAGGUACUUGUGGAGCACUUCUGCGAGGAGUUCAAGGCAAGGUACAAGCUCAACGUGAGGGAGAACCCCAGGGCUAUUCUACGGCUGUCGCAGGAGUGCGAGAAACUGAAGAAGUUGAUGAGUGCCAACUGCUCUGACCUUCCCAUUAACAUUGAGUGCUUCAUGAAUGACAUUGAUGUGACAGGCAAGAUGAACAGAGUCCAGUUUGAAGAACUGUGUGCCCCAUUCUUGAUGAGAGUAGAGGCGCCAUUGAAAGCAGUUAUUGAACAAUCAAAGCUGAGCCGGGAUGAGAUCUAUGCAGUGGAGGUGGUAGGAGGAGCCACCAGGAUCCCUUCCAUUAAAGAGAGAAUCUCCAAGUUCUUUGGCAAAGAUGUCAGCACCACACUCAACGCAGAUGAGGCUGUGGCACGGGGCUGCGCUCUUCAGUGUGCAAUUCUGUCCCCAGCGUUUAAGGUGCGUGAAUUCUCCAUCACUGAUGUGGUUCCCUUUCCCAUAACCCUACGCUGGAAGUCCCCCACGGAAGAUGGAGUCGGAGAAUGUGAGGUGUACAGUAAGAACCAUGCAGCACCCUUCUCCAAAGUCAUCACCUUCCACAAGGACGAGCCCUUUGACUUGGAAGCAUUCUACAGCCUCCCACAAGAGCUGCCUUACCCAGACAUCAGGAUAGGGCAUUUUUCUGUUCAGAAUGUGGUGCCCCAGCCUGAUGGAAACAGCUCCAAAGUGAAGGUCAAAGUGCGCAUAAACGUGCAUGGCAUCUUCAGUGUUUCCAGCGCCUCCCUGAUCGAGAAGCAGAAGGGUGAAGGAGAGGAUGUUCAGAUGGACAUGGAAGCCACUGUGCAGAAUGAAGGAAGGCCAGAGGACCAGGUAGACCAGGAGGGUCAAGGCCAGGGGGACCAGCUGAAUGAGGAUGCCAGCUCCUGCAGUAAGAACGGAGUCCCUGGUGAGAAGCAGGACCCAGCAUCAGGGGGAAGCAAGCCUAAAGUAAAAGUGAAAAGCACUGACCUUCCGAUUCUGGCCAAUACCAUCAGACAGCUGGACAGGGGGGUGCUCAAUGACUUUGUGGCGUAUGAGGGCCAGAUGAUCGUCCAGGAUAAGCUGGAGAAAGAGAGGAAUGAUGCUAAGAAUGCUGUGGAGGAGUAUGUGUACGACCUGCGGGACAAACUGUGUGGCAUCUAUGAGAAGUACACCACAGAGGAGGACAGUAAUCGUCUGACACUGAUGCUCGAGGACACAGAGCACUGGCUUUAUGAGGAUGGAGAGGACCAAGACAAACGGGUCUAUCUGGACAAGCUGGACGAUCUCAAGAGGUUUGCCCAGCCCGUUCAUGACAGGCACAGGGAGCAGGAAGACAGGCCAAGGGCAUUUGAAGAGAUGGGCAAGAAGAUCCAACUUUAUAUGAAGGCUGUGGAGCUUUAUAAACAGAAGGAUGAGCGUUAUCAGCAUCUGAAUGCUGAGGAGAUGAGAAACGUGGAGAAGUGUUUAAAUGAAAGCAUGGCCUGGAUAAACAGCAAGAUGAAUGCCCAGAGCCAACUCACCAUCGCCCAGGACCCAGUCGUCAAAGUAGCAAACAUAAUUUCCAAAAUACAGGAACUGGAUGAAGUAUGCAACCCAGUUGUCAACCGGCCGAAGCCCAAAGCAGAUGACGUGUCAGAGGAGAAUGACGAGAGCAACGGGGCCCAUAACAGCCCAAGGCAAGGAGCUGGCGGGAGGGGAGUGGCAAAGGGUAGCAACCAGACCAAGCCUCCUUCAGCAGAGAUGGAGAUUGACUGAGCCCCUUUGCCAAAUAUCCUCUGCUACCAGCACUCUAGCUCCCAUCAGACCAUUUUGACAAGGUCUACCCAAACAUACAGUACAAAGUGUAUCCGGGACCAUUUUUCCAUGUCCACCACCACUCAAUGGACUGUUUUGUGCAUUUGUGUUCAGAGUCCCCCUGUUCGAUUUAAAAAAACUUUCUCUACUAUGUUACAACUGUGUGCUCCUCCCUCAGAGGUUAGACAAUACCUUAUAUAGUCAUUAACUGUAAGAUUAGAUAUAGAUGAAAACAAUUCUGGCUCUCCUGAAAACAGGUUUUCCUAACCAUACAUGUUUGCAUUUCAAAAGGCCCAUAAGCAUCAGAUCUCUAAGGUGACUCUUACUGCACAUAAGCUUGUAGUGGAACAUAAGUAGAAUUACUGUCUGAACAAUCGCUAUGGCUAAUUAAACUAUUAGUAAAAUAUGUAUGCAAUAAUACAUAUUAUAUAUAUUUAUAUUUAAUAUAUGAAUUUGAAAGGAUGUCUGUAUGCCUAGAUACUGUAAAUAUUAUUUUAGUAAUUUAAACUGGCCAGUGCCUAUAGUUGUGUAUAUAGAGGAUACAUUCCUAGUGUUGUUAGCAAAGAGAGAAGAGCAAUGGGCUGGAUGCCUAUUCCUUUACUUAUUUUCAUGCAUUUCCAUAUUUUGAGUCAUGAGAUUUAAAGAUGAAAGUAAUAAAUGUAUAAAUAAAUUUAUAAAUAAAUAAAUGUAUGCACUCACUAAUGUAAUUCGCUCUGUAUAAGAGUGUCUGCUAAAUGACUAAAAUGUAAAUGCAUUAUUUGUCUUUAAGACAAACAUUGUACUAUUUCAUUCCCGAGAGGCGCAGCGGUCUAAGGCAAUGCACCUCAGUGCUAGAGGUGUCACUACAGACCCCUGGUUUGAUUCCAGGCAGUAUCACAACCGGAUGUGAUUGGGAGUCCCAUAGAGCGGUGCACAAUUGGCCCAGAGUCGUCCCGGUUAGCGUCAUUGUAAAUAAGAAUUUGUUCUUAACUGACUUGCCUAGUUAAAUAAAAAAUAUACAUGUAUUUGACUAA